AUGGAAGUCUCCAAAAGGCUCCGGAGGAAGCUGACCAUUCCAUGGCACUGUACACACUGCUACAAUUUAGCCUAUGUGCCGGGGACCUCUGGCUCCGACAAUGUGCCGGGGACCUCUGGCUCCGACAAUGUGCCGGGGACCUCUGGCUCCGACAAUGUGCCGGGGACCUCUGGCUCCGACAAUGUGCCGGGGACCUCUGGCUCUGACAAUGGGACUGGGACCUCUGGCUCUGACAAUGUGCCGGGGACCUCUGGCUCUGACAAUGUGCCUGGGACCUCUGGCUCUGACAAUGUGCCGGGGACCUCUGGCUCUGACAAUGUGCCUGGGACCUCUGGCUCUGACAAUGGGACUGGGACCUCUGGCUCUGACAAUGGGACUGGGACCUCUGGCUCUGACAAUGGACCUGGGACCUCUGGCUCUGACAAUGGGCCUGGGACCUCUGGCUCUGGCAAAUAG